AUGGGGACCGGCGAACUCAGUCUGCUUUUGGUGGGAGAAACAGGUAAUGGAAAGAGUGCAACGGGGAAUAGCAUCCUUGGAAAGAAAACAUUCCUAUCAAAGGCAAGCGCAGGUGGUGUAACUGCCGCCUCUGAGCUCAGGACAACCGUACUGAAGAAUGGCCUGAGGCUUAAUGUGAUUGAUACUCCUGGACUGUUUGAUGCUACUAUUGAUACCAAGUUUAUUGAAGAGGAGAUUGUUAAAUGUAUAAGCUUGGUGAAGGAUGGUAUUCAUGCUGUUCUUUUUGUGCUCUCCGUUCGGAAUCGGUUUAAAAAAGACGGAGUUGAUGUAAUAACUAGGUUGUUCGGGAGCAAAAUUAAUGAUUAUAUGAUUCUGGUUUAUACUGGUGGGGAUGAACUCGAGGAGAAUGGGGAGACUUUGAAUGACUUCUUAGAAGACUUGCAACCUGGACCAUUAAUGGAAACCCUUAGCCAGUGUGGGAACAGAUGUGUUCUGUUUGAUAAUCGGACGAAAGAUGAAAGGAAGAAAACACAACAAACACAACAACUUCUAUCUCUUGUCAACACCAUAUUGACCAACAUGGGCAAACCAUACACCCAUGAGACUUUAAGGGAACUCAAGGUUGAGUCGAGGCGGAAGGAAACAACUACAAGACAUGAACUAUUUGUCGAAGAAAUGGCUCACACUGCUCAAACGGAAUCCAACGAUGAAAUCCAAAAGCUCAGAGAGAACCCAAAGGAAGAGGAAUGGGUUAUUUUAUAAAAAGGUUGAUGGUUCCCUUCUCCAACUGAACAUGUAUUAUAUUUCCCUUCACAACUGGAUAACCUUAACUUUUGUU